CUCUCGUGUUUCUGCAAGUUUCGUGGUGUAUUCAUUCUUGAGCAAUGGUAUUCGGGAUGGGAGGGGGGAGCGGUCGUAAUCAAGAUGAGACAACCUAGCCUUCCGGAAAAUUUGGAAAACCGCCGAUACAUUGUAUACCAAUUGGUGCUCAUGCUUCGUGCACAUAUUGCUGCUGUGCUGUCUAGCCGUGGAAUCAGCUUCUGGUCGAUGCAACAAGACUCAUUGUGGACCGAGAACUUUGUAUCAAUGGAAGUGGAAAAACAUUAUCCACACUCACAGUUGAUAUUUGAUACAGUCGGCAACGAUCAGGUGAGGCAGUAUUCAUUCAAAGAGAGUUUCGUGCUCAUUUUGUAUUCUAGAAAUUUGAGCAAAACUGGUCAUCACAACGCAACUCUUUGCAAUCCAAACCUCAUAAGCGACCUCUCAAGUAAAAUCAAAGAGUUCGAAGCCCGUCAAGAUCUCAUCCGGGCACUCAUUCGGCUGCCCUGGCCUUUUAAAGUCAAGUGUAUUCCAAAACUCUCCAAUAUUAUUUUUGCUUACCAAGCUUACCACUAG